AUGUUAGAAAGUAGGUAUAACAUGAAGAAGGGACAAAGGAGUAUGCUGAAUCGUAAGUACAUUGUGCCUAGCAUUGUGGCCUCGGAAGAACUUGAGGUUAAGGAUGUGGAAGGAUGUAUUGAGCGACUUAAUGGAAUCAAGAACAGUAUUGAGGAAGAAAAGACGAAAGAAGGCUUGGCUUUGGAGGCUGAGUUGGAUGCUCUCUUUAUGAGUAUUGGCGGGGAGAAGAUUGUUUCGGAGAUGGAGAGAGUAGUGGUUCUCCUGUGCAAAAUAGCACAUAAGAUCAUUCGCGCGGAGGAGAAGACGGAAGAAGACCAGGGAAUCUUGUUGCAGAUCUUUGAGUUGGGACUCUUUAUGGUUCAGUUUCGAGAUAGGUGGUUGGAUCGAGUUAGUAAAAGUGGGCUUUUGAAAGAGCACGAGUUGGUGCCUUGUGUGGAGUACUCUUCGGUGGACCGUGUGUUUCCACCUUCUCGGGAGUUAGUCUCGUUGGCCCAGGAGUAUACCUUGCGCAAGAAGAGUUUAGAUAAUGUGCGUUGUGACUUGUGCGCCUUUGCGCUAGCCAAUUCCCUGGGCGUGUACCAUCCGAGUAGUUCACUACUCUUGCGGCAGCCCGAAAGCCACAAGAAAGAGCUUAGUCCGUUCUUCUUCCUUGGGUACGUGUUUGCAGAGGCUGAAGAGACGAAGAAAGCCUUACUGGUUGAUUGGCUGGCAAAGACAGACUUGGAAUUUGAUGGGACGAUCUUUUACUUACCCGGGAUCUCAGUACUAGAUUUCAUUAGCAUUGAGGCGAGUAAGAUCAAAGAUAAGGAAACUUUACAGAAAAUCAUCCGAGUUGGUAAAUCACAUCGGGUUAUCUAUCAUGCCCGCGAACCCGUCUUUGCCCUGCACAAGAAAGGGAAGCUAACCACCAAAGAACUAUCCGAGCUACUAUCAGAAACUUACCAUCCGGAUGAAACAGAGUAUACGGAGAAGAUCAUCAAGGACAUGGCGAAAUUCAGUCCAGUCGGCGCCGAGUUCAUUCUUAAGUCACUUAUUAUCUUCCAAAAAGCCGAGCCACUGGCCAAGUUCUUCUUCCAAGUCGCCUUUAUCAUUGACAAAGAGUAUGCCGAGUCCGUCAUUAUUUGCCGGGAAAGUCUAGGCCAUAUCUCUAAAGACAGACUAAACGAUCUUUGUGCCAGCGAGUACUUUGCUCUUCUAUGCCGCGAAAUAGAAGUCUUCAAACGCCUAGUCAAGUGCAUUGCUGAGAUCUAUGAAGAUACAACCGAGAAGUCCACCGAGCAAGCCGUUAUAAUCAAGCACGGCUGGAACUUAGAGAGAUUCAUUCAAAGUGUCUUUGCUGUUCUUCCUACCGAUAAAGAUGCGAUCGAAAGAGCCCUUAUUCUCACCGUUUAUUUCCCUUGGCUAACCAUGCACAUUAAACAAGUCCUUUGGCAAACAAUCAAUCAAAAACACCUCCAGUUCCGACUCUCUAAAAAGACAGCCAACUUAGAAGAAGAGAUAGAGAUGCUCAACCAUUUCCGCGAAAUCCCACAAGUCCGCCAAGUAAUCAUAAGAGCAUUCAAAAUCGACCAAGCCAAAACUGAGUCACAUCUUUUCAGCAAAGACCUCGAUGUCUUCCUUAUCAACCAUAUUAACAAAGAGAUUCAAAAAGGCAGAACUAACUUACCCGCCCUCAAAGCUAUUCUUACCCAAUUCACCAGCCAUCCUGAUUUCAACCAAGCCUCCUACUGGCACAACAUCAUCAAAAAGCAAAUCGUACUCGGCAAAGACAUCAUUACCCUUAAUGAACUAAUUCCCACCGAAGACCUAGCCUCUCUCGUUUCCCAAGAGGAAGAUAUCGCUACCCUUCUUAAACUCCUAGUCAAAACUCCCCUCAAAAGCAAUCUCUUCCUUACUCUACUCGAAAAGCUCGAACUCCAAACCAAGUACGAACAAGGCCUCGUCUUCACCACCGGAUCCUUCCUUGCUAUUGAUCUCAUCGCCAAGAAGCUUUGUAUCUACGCCAACCUCAUUCAAAAAGAGUUCUCCGGCAAACAGUCACUGAUCAAGCUUUACAGCUCCCAAGCUACCAUUGAAAUCUAUCUUAAUAACGGCAAGAUCAAAAUAGCCACCACCACUAUCAACGGCAACGACAAAGAAGAAAGAAUCAUCAGCAUUGAAGAAGACUUAGAAAAGAAUCCUCUCAACGGCUGGAAAGUCCCACUUGCCCUGGCAAUCACCAACUCCAGUUUCACUCUUAAAAUAGGCGAGAUUGAGUACACCCAAAAACACAAGAUCAAAAGAAUCCAACGUUUAGUUAUCGGCGAAGACUUCCGCGGCAUUCUCAAACGCCUAAUUAUCCUAGAAGAAGCCGCACUUAAACCCGACCGGCUUAGUCUUAAGCAUUCAGAGGCCUACUUCCUCGACCAUCUCAUGACCAUUGAGCAAUCCAUGCAGUACUACAAAAGAUUCGCUCUUCUCAUUGAAUCUCCAACUCCCUACCAUAUGUCCGGUCCAGAACCCAGUAUUACAAUGUGCAACCUUAUUUACCACCAACCUAUCUUCUGGCGCAGCUCCGAAUCUCUCACCCGUUUCCUGGCCAAAUCAGCAGCUAAGAACACCCGUAUUGAAAAGCUUCUUCUGUCCUUUAUUCAACCAACUACUUCCCAGCCCACUCUACCGCCCAUUACGGAUAGAACAUCGCUUAUAAUGCCAUAA